UCUAGCUAACCGAAUCUCAUACAGAUGAAUAUUUUAUAUUUAUAUUUUUUCAGUGAACAGGUUUGCGUCGAGCACGUGCUUAAAUGACGUAACUGCGCUCUCACACAAGGUAAAAUGGCAGCCACCAUUGGAAGCCUGCUCAGGACGUCUGCAAGGGUCGCAGCAGGAGGGUUGAAAAUCACAGCAGCCUGUCAGCAUGGAGCAUCUGGGGCUGCAAGAACCCUCAUCUGUCCUGCACUACCAAGAGCCUGCUUCUCUACCAACACUUCCAGAUGGGCCCCUGCUGUCACUCAGCCUGCUCCUGCUUUUAAGGCCACAGCCGUCCACAAUGGAGAGUUCAAGGAGAUGAGCCUUGCUGAUUUCAAGGGCAAAUAUUUGGUGCUCUUCUUCUACCCACUGGAUUUCACCUUUGUGUGUCCAACAGAGAUCAUCUCAUUCAGCGACAAGGCCAAUGAGUUCCAUGACAUCAACUGUGAGGUGGUGGGUGUGUCGGUGGACUCUCACUUCACCCACUUGGCAUGGAUCAACACUCCUCGUAAGACUGGAGGUUUGGGCAAAAUUCAUAUCCCCCUGCUGUCCGACCUCAACAAGCAGAUCUCCAGAGACUACGGGGUGCUGCUGGAGGGUCCAGGCAUUGCCCUGAGGGGCCUGUUCAUCAUUGACCCAAACGGUGUGGUGAAGCACAUGAGUGUGAACGACCUGCCAGUGGGCCGAAGUGUGGAAGAGACCCUUCGUUUAGUCAGGGCGUUCCAGUUUGUGGAGACCCAUGGUGAGGUGUGUCCAGCCAGCUGGACCCCUGAGUCACCGACGAUCAAACCAACCCCAGAAGGUUCCAAAGAGUACUUUGAAAAAGUCAACUGAAGACAAAGUUCACAACUCUUACACCUAUUAACAGUGAAUGGUGCAAGUCUAAAAAUACCUGUACCCUCUUAGUUUACCAUUUACAAAUUGUAGUUACACAUACUCAUCUGAAUACGCUAAUAAAUACAUUCUUUAUAAAUGACA